UUUUAAUUUAUACAAGGCGACAGCUGCGCAAAUGAAUUCAGCUCCCAGCAGCACUAGUACCGGGAAACGGGAAGACAAUCCCCUGGAGGCUAUGACGUUACCGGCUUCGAACCCGCAACCGCCGGUUGGACUCAAAAAGGAAGACGUGGAAACCGGGGGUCAAUCACAAUCAGGCACGUCAUCAGUACCGGCAGCGGGCGGCAUGGAGGGUCUCUGGAACCGCCUGAGCGAGAGAACCAGGCUCCUUACCUGCUUCUUCGGCAUCUUCGUGUGUUAUUUCUACUACGGGAUCGUGCAGGAGAAGAUAACAAGAGGAACAUAUGGCGAGGAUAAAGAAAAGUUCACUUAUGUCAUGUCCCUGGUGUUCUUACAAUGUAUCGUCAAUGCAGCUUUUGCCAAAAUGAUGUGUUACUUUGCAGCUCCUGGUGUCAAUGACACUACACCAAACUGGCUCUACGGAAUAUGUUCAACUACCUACAUGGGAGCCAUGCUGGCCAGUAACCAGGCACUACAACAUGUUAACUACCCUACACAGGUAUUAGGGAAGUCCUGUAAACCUAUCCCAGUGCUGAUCUUGGGCGUGCUGCUGGCCAGGAAAAGAUACCCCCUCUUAAAGUACCUGUUUGUACUGCUCAUCGUGGCAGGGGUGGCCAUCUUUGUUUACAAGGACAACGUGCAGGCAAAGGCAGACGACCACAUCUUCGGCUGGGGAGAAAUUCUUUUGUUAGCAUCCCUGACCAUGGAUGGUCUGACUGGAGUGUCCCAGGAGAAGAUGAGAGGACAACACCAGACCAACUCUCACUACAUGAUGUACAACAUGAACUUCUGGUCCAUCGGCAUCUUAGCUGUCUGCAUUGGAGUGACCGGGGAAGUCUUCUCUUUCCUAAAGUUCCUUGAGAAGUACCCAUAUGUGCUGGGGAACAUGUUUCUCUUCUCCAUCACCAGUGCACUGGGACAGCUCUUCAUCUUUGUGACGGUGACAAACUUUGGCCCGCUGACGUGUUCGAUCAUCACGACCACGCGGAAGUUCUUCACGAUCCUCGCUUCCGUGAUCAUCUUCCAGAACCCGUUACUCCCGCGCCAGUGGUUAGGAGUGCUUCUCGUUUUCAGCGGGUUGGCCGGGGACAGCUACUUCGGAAAGGCAAAAAAGGUCAAGGAAAAUCACAAGUGAUUGUUAAGGAGAAUCUACUGUUCAUUUUACCUCUGGCUCCAACAUUUAUUGCAGUUGAAAUCACCAUGGUGAUAGAGAUUCAUGUGUUGUUUCAGGAAUGGGGGAAUGAUAUCUCUAAAUGACAGGGUAACAGGAUUUUACACAGAAAAGUUAUUUUUCAAGGCUGAAGAUAUAUUCUGUAUGGACGAAAAUUGUGGAGUAAGAAAUGUAAAGGCUUUGACUUGUUGAAAUUGGGUAUUGGGAUAUUUCAUUACACAGAAAUGCAUAAAAAUGUAGAUUAAAUGUAGUUUUCAAAGGCUUUCUUAAGAAGACGUUAAAGGUGUCAGGUGUCAUCAUUUUCAUCUUAAGAACUGCAUCCUAACAUAUUCCUUCAAGGUUUUUUUUGCCAAUUCAAGAAUGAAAGGCAGUUAUCCACUUGAAUUUUACAAUUAUCCUCCUUAUAGUUUACUUGUUGUAUCUACAAUCAUUAGCAUUAGUUUUGAUGUAGAAUGUUUCUGUGUCAGUUACUAACAGCCUACUCUGUGGUACUGGAAAAUGAAAAGUAAUGACAAGUACUAAUACAGCUAACCUCAGUAUGUAAGUCCUAUCUUUGAAAAGGUAAGAAACAUAUUAGCCUCUAUAUGUUGCACUGGGAUUCAAAUGGCAUUCAUGUACAAAGUAGCUAAGAAUGCUUAUAAGAAGGUACAAUUGGUCUCAACCAUUUUAUUAUGUUUAACAAUACAGUUUGCAAAAAAGAUCCCCUCUUUCUUUCCAUGUAACUUAGAAGAAAUGUUUCUCUGUAUCAGAACAAUUCUGUUUGCCAAUAUUUAAAAAAUUCAAUUUUUUGGGGGGUUAUUCAAUUCUAUGAUGUACUACUACUAGCUGUAGAGAUUUUCUUCCCUUUCGCCCUUUUGUAUUGAAUGUCAUCUGAUGCAUCAAAUCGAACUCCCACCAAUUUGAUUUGAAAUGUCUUGUAACUGCCUGGCGCUCAAAUUGUUUUCAUGAGAUGAUAUGGAAUUCAGCUACAACUUGUACAAGUACUUUCAAAAAUGAUAUCCAUACACAGGUAGGUUGAUUUGGAGCCCACCUUUAAUUAAGAAAUUAUUCUAUUACACAUAGAACAGCAGGGCUCGAAAUACUGGG